AUGGCCUUGAACUUCGACUCUCCCGAGGGUCAGCCCAGCCUGACUUCCGGGCCCUCCACUCAAGAGCCCACACCUUCGCCGGAGGGGCAGCAAGCCGUCCAUCCUUCCGGCGAUGUCAAGAAAGAGGUUGCAAAUCUUGGGGCAUUGCAAGGGCUGGCAAGAAAGCUGUCGAGCUCUGACCUUCCUGGAGACGAGAAAUCUUCGGACAAGGCCAGCCACGCUGCACCUUCAGUUGCUGCGCCGUCAGUUGAUCCUGACGGGGUCGAUGCGCCCCCGCCGCCGGCCCUCCCCGGCUGCUGCGACUUGUGCAGAAAGAAGGCACGUGCUGCCAAGAGCAAAUUCUGUGGAGCGUGUCGAUCAGAUGUUUGUGCGGCAAAGCGGGAUUGCGAGAAGAGCGAAAGGGGGCCCUGGUUUACCAAGCUGGCGAAGACCGGUGGGGCAGAGUUCGUUGACUUCAUGUCAAGCUAUGUGCGGGCCAAUGGCAAGACACGGCGAAAGUACUCGCAACGCUGCAACUUCGACUUUGCCCGCUACGAAGAAGCCAAGCGGGUGCAGUCUUCCUUGAGACUGGGUUUCAAGGCAGGCUCGCACGCGAUCUUCAUGCACAAGGAUCGUGCCAUCAAGCACUGGAUGUCCCGCCUGUCGAUCUCUCGCAUGGAGGCCAACGAUAAGUGGGAGACGGAGAGAGCCAAGGCGAAGUUCGUGAAACACGACGGCCCGAAUGGGGAGGACCGCAUUCCUGUGAAGGAAGACGAUUUCUUGAUCGGCGAGGAAGGCAUCUUGGAGGAGAAAGUGAAGGUGAAAGAACACAAGCGUGCAAAAUACAACGCAGAUGUCGACGCCCUCAUGGAGGAAGGACUGCAAGGUCGUGCAAUGAGCUCGGACCUGUUGGACAAGCACGGCUUCUCGGAUUUCGACAAUCCGGAUCUCGUGAACGAUUUCCUGGGCGGCAGAGCUGUGGCUCCCGAGCCUGUGUUUCCCCAGCAGGAUCCUGACCAGGGCGCUGCAGAGGACUCCCCCAAGAAGCCGAAGACCUUUGAUGCUGCGACCGAGCGCAUCACACUGCAAACCAAGAUUUUGCAGCUUGUUGACAAAGCCUUCAGCGACUUGCAGCAGUCUGUGAAGGAGGCCGAGGAGUGCAAGCAAAAAGCACAGGGCGAGACUGACGUCCCGGCCAGCGAAGCUGAGGCUCUGAGGCUCCUCAAAAGCCGUGCGGACGUUGCCAAGGUUGUCAUGGGCGACUACGUCGCAGGAGUCUUCACCUACGAGCCUGCGGUGCUGCAGGCGAACAAGGAGGCCCUCGAGGAGAGUCUCAAGUCCACUGCGGCAGAGUUGUCUGACGUUGUGAACUCCGCCCCGUGCUUCGUCGACGCCGUCUGCAGCCUGGUUCAAGCCAUCAAAGGCAUCAGCAACUCCGAUGAAAAGAAAGCGGUGGAGAGCGACUUCAAGCCCUUCCUGAACGCCAACGCGAUCCUGAAGUCGGCGGUCAAGACGGCCUCGCAGAAGGCCAUCAAGUUUGCGAAAGACCGCGCGGACAAGGUGGAGAAAGCCAAGCGGCAGAAGGAGCAGGAGGAGGCAAAAAGGCUCGCCGGAGAAGAGCGCAAGCGUCGUGCCGAGGAGUCCAAGCUGAACAAAGCAGCUGAGAAGCAAGGCAAGGUGGGUAGCUUGUUCGACAUUGACUUCGCCAAGUUCUCCUUGCGACCCUUGGAGUUCAAAAUCUUGAAGAACAAGGGUGAUGUUGAGAAGCUUGACAUGAAUAAGCCAUGGGCUGUCAAGCUGGAUGAGAGCGACCUUCCUGCCUUCCAGGUGCUGUUAGCCGAUGCAAAGGUCAAGGCUUCGCUUGACACGUUCAUGUCCGGGUUUCCCGGAUCAGCCGCAUCCAUGCAGGGCUCGAAGAGAUUCAGCAAUCCGGUCCAAGACAGCGGCAAGUUGCGAGCAGGGGCCCUCAAGGAGCUGGGGAUCGAGGACUCUGUGCCGGAAGGCUUGGAUGCCAAGAUGGUGGCCGCCCUCGGUGCGGUUGUGACCUUUGGCUAUGGCGAAGAUAUGAUGAGCUUCGGACUGGACACGUUUCAGCUCCCGUCUCUUCGAGUUCAAACCGUUGGCCAUCGGGUGGUCGUCAUGGUGGCGCUCGACAAGCUUUGCUCCUUCUUGAAAGCCGCUAAGAAAGGCGAGAAUGUCAGCUACGCCGAGGUCCUGGACUUCCUGCAGACUGCCCAGCCAACCACCAUUGCGGCUUUUCUGGCUGUUCAUCCUGAUGCCAUGUGCCACUGCCUGCUCUCGAAGAACACCCUUGCCUUCGUGCCGGGCGGCUGGCUUCUGCAGGAGAAGGUUCUCAAUGUCCGCUGUGUUUUCGGCAUCCGCAUGGCAUUCUGCCCAUGCCUGAAGAAGAAGGACAGCUGCCUCGAGGUCUUGGCUGGGUGGUUGCCCGAUGAUGACGGGGCACAAGCUUCAAGCUUGGCAUCGGCUUACAAGAAGGCCAACAGUGCAUCGAGUGACUCGCCGUCUGGCGGUGAUCAGGCGCAAAUGGCUGCCGUGGAGGCAGUGCCACUCCCUACCGGCGGAGACGAAGUUUCGUGGUGCAUGGGGUGGGCCAACAGACACCUCCUGCUACUUCCAGAUGGAAUGCUUGAGCUUUUCAAGAGGAACAUGGCUGGCGGCAUCCGGCUUCGAACAAGAUUCUCUGGGAUGGAGUGUCCCGGCCACGCAGCUCGAGCCAUCGAGGAGGCUUGUGAAGCCAACGGCAUCCAUGUUCCGGCUGAUCAGGGCUUCAGUCUCCACAGUGUGUGCGAUUGUGAUUCACGGGCAAUGAAAUGCUUGGAUGCUUUGCGGCAGGAUUCCACAUGGGACAAGCUGAAGCCAGAGCAUGUGUUCACGAAGAUGGAGGAUGCUGUGCUUCCCGCAGCUCUACAAGACAUGCUAGAGAUGGCUGCAUCCCAAAAGGCUUCUUCCGACAGCGAUGGUUGGCCUUUCAUCCGUGCCUUGAUGAAGCCGCUGAUGGAGGACAAGGCCCUGCAGAUGCAGUCUAUGUGCCGGGUGCAUGGUCGAGAGUGCGAUGUAUGUGGGGGUGAGACCAGUGCUCUCACUCUCGACGUCGCCGGUCCACCGUGUGUGGACUGGAGUCGGCGAGGACGGCGGGAACGUUCGCAUGGUGCAACGGCGGUGCCAUAUGCCGUUUGGGUUUCCCAGCUUCUCUCUUCGGGAUCCUGCCUCGGCAUCCAUGAGUGCACAACGGACUUUCCAGAUUGGAUGCUGGAGAGACCGCUUCACGAGUUUGGUGCCAGGUCAUGGAAGAUCGAGGUUUUCAGAUUGGAUCCAACAAACUUUGGGGUGCCUUGCAAAAGGCCCCGCAGGUACACAGUCUUGUGGAACGCUGCAAGAAUCCGGUUUGGAGGAUCUUUUGCGGAGUUUGUGAACUUAUUCUUCACUCUGCCAGAGAUUCAUGGAGAAGUGUUUUUUCGUGCAGGUGCCGACCUCCCGAGCAAUGCAUCAAAGACACGUCUUGAAAACCUCCAGGCUUAUUCGGAUGAAUGGCGAUCGCGAUGCCAGGAUGGACGCUCCACCGCUGACAAUAUCUGCGACUUGAACCAGCGACCCAGUCAUGGAAGGUUGGACCGCUUUGUGCCGACUUUGGUGACCCAGCAAUCCGUAUAUUGCUUGCAAAAGCGCAAGUUGUUGUCGGCGACAGAGAGCUUGGAAACUCAGCUCUUACACCGCAGCUCUCCGGUGUAUGAGCUCGCAGCAUCCGGAGAUUUGUCAGAAGCGGCCAUCCGACACCUCGCUGGGAAUGGCAUGUCCGCCGUUUGCAUCGGCACACUCAUGAUGUACGUGGUGGCCUGCACUUCGCCGGUUUCUGACCGUGAUCGCGAGGCGUUCCAAAGUGUCGCAGGUUUGCAAAAGAGACAGAGUUGCGCAGAGGAGGCCCUGCAGCCACCAGCUGUUUCCCCGAAACAUGUGGCACCGGCAGUGUGA